AUGUCGGAUCAGAGCGUGGUCAUGGGCGAAACCUUAAGUAGACGUGCCUAUAUUGGUGGUCUUUCCAAAUAUGUAACUGAAAACGAUCUUAAAAGUCGGUUUGGUUCCUUUGGUAUUAUAUCGAAAAUAGAUAUUAUACGUGAUUCGAGCACAGGAGAGUGUCGUGGGUUUGCUUAUAUAACUAUUGAGAGUACUGCAGAUAACUGGAAAAAAUGUACGAUUAGGUUGAAAGAAGAAUGGGAAAAUCAAAAGACUUUAAGUAAUUCGUCACCAUUAAUCCCAAAAAAACGUAGACGUAGAAAUACAGAUACGAUGUUUGCUGAAGACAUGAGUUUGGUAACAGAUAACAAUGUUGAUGGAAGAAAGGGAUGGAAAAAAUCUAAAUAUGGUCGUGCGGUCUCGGUAAUGCACAUCAGAAGGAAUGACGGAACAAAGCUUACGAUUGAUCCGAGUCUGUAUAAAAAUAAUCUCCAAAAAUUUUCAGAUAGCACAAUAGAUGUAAAAUCGAAGCCACUCGAUCAGUUAACAUAUUUUUAUAAUGAUUAUAUAAACAUAUCGGAUGAUGAAAAAAAAGAUCACAGUAGUGCAAACGAAAAUAGUAUACUAAAUAUAUUCGGUGUAAAGAAUAAUCAAAAUAUACCCCAUUCUAAAAAUGAACAAAAUACUGAAGAACAGACCGAAAAUAUCCCACCACCGAAUAAAUUACCACCAUCAAUUAUUGAUGGUCUCAAGAAAUUGGAGUUGAAGAAUAAAGUCGCGUCAAAGCAGGAACAAUCGAAUAAAGUUCGUUUAGAAGCGAUAAAGCAACGUGCAUUGGAAAAGAAAGCAGAAAAGGACAAAAUUACUCAGGCUUUAAGAAAAGAUGAUGGAUCAACGAAGUCAAAGAAUCACAUAAUAUUUUCUGAUGAUGAUCUAACGCCAGAAAUUUCUGACAAGUUCAAUUUGUUUAAUUCGGAUGAAGAAUAUAAUAGCAAUGAAAAAUCAACCUUGGAUAUAGCAAUUAAUCCAAUAUUUGAAGGCGAAUCGGGACGAGAACGCCUCUACCUUCAAAGAAAGUUUCGUGGUGAUGACCGGUUUAAAUUGACCAGUGAUUUUGUUAGCGACGACGAAAAUAAUGAUACCGAUGAAAAUAAUAUCGUACAGGAUAGUGAUAUAGAUCGAGUACUAUCAGAAGAAAAAACAAACCAGAUUGGAAUCUUAAAAGGGCUUCUGGGUUAUGAUCCGAAAAAAACAGAUCCCAAAAAGAAAUCAUUGCAAUGGAAAGAACCAAUUCACUUUGAUCCUGAUGCACCCGAGGCGAGAAAUCUCGAACUGGAUAGUGAUCAUGAAAAUUCAUCAGAAUCUAUGAUCGAGUCUACAACAAUGCUGUCAAAGCCUUUACCACGAGUAUCAAAAGACGUAAAGGUCGAAAUAAAUGCUGAUUUAAAGGGAAUGUUUACCCCAAGCGUUUUAAAGGCUGCAACUCCUUUUUCGCUUUUUGGUGGGAAUAUGGAGAACGAGGAAUGCGAAGAUGCUCAAAUGGAAGAUUUGAAUAGCGAUGAAAAAUCUUCUUCGGAUACUCUUAAAACGUUCUCUAAAAUAACGGACCAAACCACAAGUCAAGGAAUAGGAUCUGCAUCAGGUCCAAUGUUUUUUUUUCAUUUUGGAGAUGCAGCUUUGUCUGCAAGAUCACAUUAUAAAGAUUUGAAAACUUUCAUGCGAACUACCUCAAUGGAAGAUAUAGUAUCUCAUUGGCAAAAGACGUCGCGUGAUAUGACUAUUGAAUACAAGCGGAAACAUAAAUCAGCAUCAAGAAAAUUGAUGAAAUUGAAGCACAAAAGUAAUCAAACUUAG